GGCUGCUCGCAUUAGCAUCUUGGCAGCCUUCCGGAAGCGGUGGGGAGCACCAGUAGCGCUCUAGCGUGAGGACCUAUUGUGGCUGCCGGGGAACUUGGCCUGUGACCUCCCAGGACCUGGCGGCCGAGCAAACAUGAAUGUUGGAGUUGCCCACAGUGAGGUAAACCCCAACACUCGUGUAAUGAACAGCCGUGGUAUGUGGCUGACCUAUGCUUUGGGAGUUGGCCUGCUUCAUAUUGUAUUACUCAGCAUCCCCUUCUGCAGUGUUCCUGUUGCUUGGACCUUAACAAACGUAAUUCAUAAUCUGGGGAUGUAUGUGUUUUUGCAUGCAGUAAAAGGAACGCCUUUUGAGACUCCCGAUCAGGGUAGAGCAAGGCUCCUAACUCACUGGGAACAGCUCGACUAUGGAGUACAGUUUACAUCUUCUCGGAAGUUUUUCACAAUUUCUCCAAUAAUUCUAUACUUUCUGGCAAGUUUCUAUACGAAGUAUGAUUCAACUCACUUCAUCCUAAACACAGCUUCUCUCCUGAGUGUACUUAUUCCCAAAAUGCCACAGCUGCAUGGUGUUCGGAUCUUUGGAAUUAAUAAGUAUUGAAAUGUUUUUGCAACUGAACAGAACUGUUAAGAGUUACUUGGGUUUCCUGUAACGAAAGAGUAGUUUAUGAACUGCACUGUUUCUGUGAUAAUGUGAAAUAAGAGGUAUUUACAUUGGAGGGCCAAGUACUGCUCCUUCAUAACCUGUCUUGAAGUGCAGAACUCUGCUUAAGGAUGCCUCUGUCUAAUGUGCUUGGUAUAUUUUUGAGAGGCUUUGCAGGCAGGCUGGGCAGGCCCAGCUUAUAAGUUGAUGGUAGUACAAUGAGGGUACUGUAACUAAAUCCAAGGAAAUGUGGGAUUUGUAAGAAACCAGGUCCAGCUUAUAGUGAGCAGGCAUUAUGUUAGAGAAAGAACAUUCCAAUCAUUCAUUCAUAGUCAGUUUAAGCAGACUUCUAGAAAGCAGAAUCACCUGUAUGCAUGUUUUUAUUAUUGUACAUGGUCUACUUUAUAUGACAUACACCCUCUUGUUUUGUACAAGCCCCUUCCUAAUAUGUGUGCUCUUGGUUUUUCUGGCUUAGUAUUGUGCAUUGAUAAAUGAGGAAAUGUUUGCAUUUAUUGCAUUACAGGGUUUGUCUUCAUUUCUCACUCUAAGAGAAGAAGAUAGGCAGGCAUCUUACAGUCAAGGCUCUGAGUCAACUGCUCACUUUGGAACAAAGUCGGUUUUACUGCUUUUCCAGAAGCCAAGCUGCUAAACCAAUUAAGAGAAUAACUUAUUUCAAGGACUUCAGGUCUUGAGUAGCUGAAAAGUAUUGCUUAGUUGGUUGUGUAAGUUGGUAAAGUCUAUCAUUCUUUAGAAAAGGAAAUGCAUCAUGGAGCCAGCUGAUAUGGGCAGACCUAAGUAAUGAAUUCUUUGUCAGCAAAGCUGAAGUAACAGAUAACACUGUUUGCUCUUCGUCUCUUGCUCUCAAUCCCAACAGUUUGGUUUGCCCAUUAAUAUUUCCUUUAAAUGUGUGAGUCUUAGUGUAGAUGACCCAAAAUGGUACCUAUAUUCACAGCAACAGCUAUAUUGAAUUCUUGUGACUCGGGGAAGCUUCCUAUAGUUGCUAGCAUUAAUUGAAUGAAAAGAAGUAAAUACCUUUCUAAAAUGAUAUAAAGCUGAGAAACUCAGUAACAUAAGACUAAAGACAGUUGUAGACCAACUUAUAAAUCAAUCGUGGCGAUAAACAGACUUAAGGGGAGUGAUCAUUGUUUCAUAAAGUACUGAAUUUAGACGUUAGUUGUUGAGACUACCUUUGUAUGUUUGUCUUGUGUAUUUUUAAAUAACUGGUAAUUGACACUUUAAUAAAAGGUUUUUCCUUGGUGUAAGAU